AUGCAACUAGCUUUGCGAGAAGCGCUUCUUGAAACUCCUAGCUAGUUUAUAAGUUCUCCAUCCCUUAUUUUUCUCCGGUGCUCCCAAGUCCCAAGUGUCGAAUAUUUUUCCAAAAUUAAUUUUGUGCGAUGGAGAAAAGAAAGCCAAGGGCGCAAAAGCAAGACAAGCCCAACCCUUACAGAGGUAUAAGGAUGAGAAAAUGGGGGAAAUGGGUGGCUGAGAUCAGAGAGCCGAACAAACGGUCUCGAAUCUGGCUUGGUUCCUACUCUUCCCCGGUGGCUGCAGCCCGUGCCUACGACACCGCGGUGUUCUACCUCCGCGGCCCAUCAGCACGGCUUAAUUUUCCCGAUAUCUUGGCUGAUCAUCGAGAUGAAGGCUACAGUCAUCAUCAGGAGCUGUCUGCGGCUUUUAUUAGACAGAAAGCUACUGAAGUUGGCGCUAGGGUUGAUGCCCUUGAAUUAUCCGCGGAUAAAUCUUCUAGGACCUUCCUGAAGCCGGAUUUGAAUGAGUUUCCGAGCCCUGAAUCUUCUGAUGAUAUGUGAGAAAUCAUGAAAUUUAGUGAAGAAUUCUACACAUGCACACACAAAUCAUGUGUAAGUUGUACAAGUAUAUUUAUGCUGCUGUAAUGAUAUUUGUGUUAUUUGUUCA